CCACGCCCCCUCCGCGGUCUGUGGAAGACCUGCAUAUCUCGGGGUUGCGUGUUGGCGUGUUCGUGGCAGUUAGGUGCUGUGACCGGACCGACUCAGGUGUUUGAGUCACUUUUCCCUGACGUGUCUGAAAAUGAUGAGAACGGGAGGAAUCCUGAAGCUGGCAGCGUUGGUUUCUGUCUUCUUCUUGGCUGCUUUUCUGGCUUUUGAGCUCCUAGAAAUUAACUUGGACUUUCAUUUCGCCCGUAUGUUCGCAAGAUCUGCCCCCGUUGAAGAGGCUGCCACAAAGCAGUCACGUUACAAAUGCGGUCUGUCGAAGCCCUGUCCUGAAGGCCACUUCUCCUUUAAGAUGGCCAGUGGAGCUGCCAGUGUAGUUGGACCCAAAAUAUGCCUAGACGACCAUAUAUUGAUGAGUGGGGUGAAGAACAACGUGGGAAGGGGUUUGAACAUCGCUCUGGUCAAUGGAAGGACUGGCCUGCUCAUGAAGACUGAAUUCUUUGACCUGUGGGCUGGAGAUGUCAACCCGCUUAUCCAGUUUCUUAACAAAAUCGAAGAUGGAACCAUCGUCAUGAUGGCCACUUUUGAUGACUCCGCUACAAAGCUGAAUGAUGUGGCAAAGCAGCUAAUAUCAGACCUGGGAAGUUCAAAUAUCAGUUCACUGGGCUUCAGGGACAACUGGAUCUUCGUUGGAGGAAAGGGGAUCAAAACAAAGAGUCCCUUUGAACAGCACAUCAAGAACAACGCAGAGUCCAACAAGUAUGAAGGCUGGCCUGAAGUUCUGGAAAUGGAGGGAUGUAUUCCUCGAAGACAAGACUGAAACAUCAGCUCUCUUGGACCAACUAACCUACAGUCUAUGUGCCCAGUCAGUCAAAGCUUAAAAAACAAAGAAAGCAAACUCCAGUAAGAUUGAAAAUUCUUCCAGCUUCCACCACUAUAUGGAAAAGGUCUUUACAUUUAUGUGUUAUGAGCACCAGCGUAAAUUUACAGUGCUGCAGUUCAUCUUUUAUUAUUAUGCCUGUUAAACUGGCUAUUUGUAUUUACAUACAGCAUUGCUCAUCAAUUGAGUGUGCUGGAAAACCAAAAAAGGGUUUCAGAGUGUUUGCCAAGUCCGUUCGCUCUGUAUCGCAGUGGUAUUAAGAUUUCUGUACUAUUAAUGAGUUAAUAACUAUUAAUGAGUUAUACUUAUUAGCUCUGAUAGCAUCCCUAAUGAUGGUUGAUGAAUGAGGCUUAAAAUCUCUAAUGCAACAUAAAACGGCAGCGUAGUUCGUAGCCAAAGCCACCUUCCUUGUUUCUACACUAAUUUUAUCAGCUCCACUUACUGUAUAGCUGCACUCUGUAGUUCUACAGUUCCAGACUGUAGUCCAUCUGUUUCUCUGAUACUCUGUUACCCUGUUCUUCAGUGGUCAGG